AUGAAUUACUCUAUUCGUCAUUUUUUUAGAAGAUAUUCUACUAAUGCAAGACCAUUAGUAAUACCAAAUAGUAAUGUUAUUAGCGAUAUUGAUAACAAUCUUUAUAAAUAUAAGAAACAUCCAGGGGUCAAUCUUCCAAGAACUGUAUUACUACCAGAAACUUUUAUAAAAGCGGUCAUUAAUGUAUUGGCAGAUUAUCCAGUAAAAGGUUUAAUUGAACCUAGUGAGAAAUUAAAAAGACAUCUAAAAGGCCGAGUAGCUCCCAUAGAAAAAGUAGAUCUGAGAGAAAAGGUAUCCCAUAUCCAAGAGAAAGUUUUAUCAAAACAUAAAAAAGCUGAAUUUACAACAGUUGAAGAGGAAAUGAAUUUUAAACAUAUGAUUGAAAAUGAAAUUCAAAGAAAAAUAAAUAAACAGUUGUAUAAUUGGAAGCCAAUAAAAUAUGAUAUUCACAACUCAUUGUUAUAUUUAAUAGGAAGAUCAGCUGCUGAAUAUGCAGUGUUAGUGAAAAUAUUUGGUGAAAUCGAAGCUCGUGAUCCAAGUUUCAGGCCAAAAAGUAUUUUUGACUAUGGAUCUGGUGUAGGUACAGUUACUUGGGCUGCUAAUUUAUUUUGGAAGAAAUAUAUUCUUGAAUAUUUUAAUGUAGAUACUUCUAGGGAUAUGAAUGAUUUAGCUCAAAUAUUAUUGCAAGGUGGACAUGGCACUCCAGCGAUGCCAUUAAAAGGUGUAUUUUAUAGACAGUUUUUACCUGCUACUCCAUUAAAUUAUGAUUUAGUAGUAUCAUCAUUUUCAAUGUUUGAACUUCCAUCUUCAGAAAGUAGGUUAGAGACAAUAUUAAAUUUAUGGAAUAAGACUGCAAAAUAUUUAGUUAUAGUUGAGCAAGGUAGUAAUGCAGGCUUUAAAUGUCCUUGCUCACAUGACAUGCUGUGUCCUAGAUUUUUAUUAGAUGAUGGAACCCCAUGUAACUUUGAGGUGUCUUAUCAUUCACUUCCUUUGGCUGGCCAUUCAGAAGUAAAAUCAGACCUUUAUUCAUAUGUAGUAUUACAAAAAGGUAAAGUUGAAGACCAUGCUGAAGAAAGGUGGCCUAGAAUAGUAAGACCAACUUUAAAAAGAUCAAAACACACAAUUUGUAGGAUAUGUACAAAUAAUGGACAACUUCAAGAAAUCAUUUUUACAGCUGCUAAGCAUGGUAAGACAAUGUAUCAGUGUUCUAGAGCAUGUAAAUGGGGAGACCGCCUUCCUAUCGCCAUUCAAGAUAGAGAAAAAUGUGAUACAAAUCAGUAG